GAACCGGGAUCGGACAGUAGCAAGGUCUUUGUUGCGAAUUCCGAUGGGGCAACAGUGGUCAGCCAUGACCUUGAUCUGUCGAUCAUCGCCUCUUUCGUCCGAGUAAAUCCACAAGACUUUACUAGUAAUCUCAUACGUUUUCGGAUGGAGCUGCUGGGAUGUGAAGAACCAGUGUGGUCGGCCCAACCUGAUAAUACAACACCCAUUACUGUGGCUGCCUCGUCCACAACAUCUCGGGCAAUCACAACAGAAGACGUGUCGACGGUUUCUCAAACUACCGCUGCUCUCUCGACGUCUGGUAGGUCAACGACUCAUCCAUUAGUUACGACAACAUCUGCAACAACACAGCCAACCCUUCCUCCAUCUACACAGUCCAAGACAACCGACGUGUCAACAACUUCUUCCAUCCAGAUUCAUGAGAUUACAACUGGUUUGAUGACAGCGGUGGAGGCGACUCCGUCUACCACCAUUGCAGCAACGACACAGUUCACCGAAACGUCAGAGACACCGCCAAAAACACCAUCAAUGACAACUGAAGAAACCGCAAAGACGACAGCAGUGGCACCUCAAACAACUACAGUAUCGACAAAAGCGCCUGUAUCAGCAACAACAGCGCCUGUAUCAGCAACAUCAGCACCUGUAUCAGCAACAUCAGCGCCUGUAUCAGCAACAUCAGCACCUGUAUCAGCAACAUCAGCGCCUGUAUCAGCAACAUCAGCGCCUGUAUCAGCAACAUCAGCGCCUGUAUCAGCAACAUCAGCACCUGUGCAAGCAACAACAGCACCUGUAUCAGCAACAACAGCCGCUGUGCAAGCAACAACAGCGCCUGUAUCAGCAACAACAGCCGCUGUGCAAGCAACAACAGCGCCUGUAUCAGCAACAACAGCACCUGUGCAAGCAACAACAGCACCUGUAUUAGCAACAACAGUGCCUGUAUCAGCAACAACAGCACCUGUAUCAGCAACAAAAACACCUGUAUCAGCAACAACAGCACCUGUAUCAGCAACAACAGCACCUGUAUCAGCAACAACAGCACCUGUAUCAGCAACAACAGCACCUGUAUCAGCAUCAACAGUCGCUGUGACUUUCCAAACAACGGUGGAGGCUUCAUCAACAACAAUGAAGGCCGACAUAGCUUCCACAACAACACCGGGUAUGUGAUCCCAAGCUAAUACAAUAUACACGCAUACUCAAACAUGGACAGAAUUGACACCUACAGUACAUUAUAAUGAUGCCCCUGAGGUCUUGACUCUUGCAUUUCAUUGUUUCCAUUGCAUUUUGCUGUUCGAUUACACUCUUAAAACCUGUCGACAUUGUGUAUAUUCCUCGAUCGUUCCUUUCCUCCUGAACUGUUGUCUGUUUAUUCAGUGAAUUUGUCAAACUUCAUUCUGUUUUUGUCACUCUUGCAGUUCUGUUCACUUUUUACUUACCGCGACAAAGUGCGCCUCGCUUAUACUUAGAUUAUGAACGCGCGCAGCAGUUUACAGGCAAGGUACAGCGACAUUUAGAGCAAAUUGUAUAGUUUGAUAUUGGAUAUUGCUGGUGGCGGUCCUUUCUGGCGGCGUAUUCACGGGUAAGGUAAGCUAAUUUGGCAUUCACUUCUUCUCAUUUUUUGUCAUUGCCUUGAAUAUCUAACUUAAAGGUAUCCAUAGGAAAGGUAAGCCCUUGUCUUGUCAGCAAUUUAUAAAUUAUGUUGUUUCGGCGUUUUUUUUUCUUCAUUUUUUUCAUCACCCCUGAGUGAGAUGCCCUUAUAGAGGGCUUUGCUCAGUAUUAGUUUGAGAUUGCCUAGUAAUAACGUACUCUUUGCUAAUUGUAUUCGAUGUUCUUGUGUAUAUCCUCAGUAUCCACCGAGGCGUCGAAAUUUUAGGGACCACAAAGCUAGCAAAGUGCCAGUAAUUGUAGUUUGCAACUGGACAAUUUCCAGAGCCUACUUCAGAGCCUCCCGGUAGGCUCUGAAAAUUGUCCAGGUUUUUCACAUUGUAGCAGAUUUGUUCGUUUUCACGUAACACACAAGACGUUGCAUCUUCAUUACUUCACAAACUCAUGUCCUUAAGCAACGUGUGAGGAGAAUCACACCAGAAUCACAUUGUGACCUGACUCUGCGUGUAUAAAGUUUGAAUGUGAGAACAGAAGGUCUCACAGAGUUAUCUAUUAACACUGGUUAGUAUUGCAAUAAAUCCUUUCGUACAUAGUUUGCUGUGCUGGCCGACUUGGUGCCCAGUUUUCGUUAAUGUUCCAGCAGAUUUCUACGGUGUCAAGAAGGUGUCCAGGCGCCAAACAAUAUCCAGCUGGUCACCGUAGCGUCAACGCUGCUUCGCCAAGACAGAAAGUGCAUCCUAUCGCACGAUGAAGACACGCACAACAGAACUGCUAGGUAAAUAUGCAACCAGAAGGGGGAAUCGCUAGGGGUCCCCACUACAG